AGGAAGUAGCGGAUCAUGACCGGAUCCUCUCUGUUGGGGGGAACAAUAAAGAAGAAGAGGGAGAAAGUCCCCGGGUUUUAUACACAUCUGAGAACGCUCCGAAUGCCAAAUAAAGUGCUGUGUCUACGAGCCUUGCCAGAUACAGAAGAACGCGACUUGCAUGUGAGGACAAGUGUCAGCUCGGGCCGACAAUGGCGAACAAUGCAGAGGACGUGGAGAACAACACGGCGGUGACCCCCAGGCCAGAGGACGAUGCGGGGGGCCUGCGGCUGCGCUCCCGGGGGGGUGGCGGGGACGGCGCCGACGGGGACGCUGGAGGGGGCGGGGGGGCGGAGCGGAACGGGCAGCCCCCCGCCACCGGACCCCAGGGGGGGGGGGUGGCGGCGGCGGCGGCGGAGGACGACGACGACGAGGAGCUGACGCUGAAGUACGGCGCCAAGCACGUCAUCAUGCUCUUCGUCCCCGUCACGCUCUGCAUGGUGGUCGUCGUGGCGACCGUCAAGUCCGUCAGCUUCUACACGCAGAGUGACGGGCAGAGACUGAUCUACACGCCGUUCUCGGAGGACAAGAACACGGUGGGGGAGAAGGCGCUGUACGCCGUCCUCAACGCCCUCAUCAUGAUCAGCGUCAUCAUCGUCAUGACCGGCGUGCUGGUGCUGCUGUACAAGUACCGCUGCUACUCGGUGAUCCAAGGCUGGCUGUUCCUCUCGUCCCUCCUCCUACUCUUCAUGUUCACCUACAUCUACCUCAAGGAGGUGCUGAAGACCUACAACGUGGCCACGGACUACAUCACCAUCGCCGUGAUCAUCUGGAACUUCGGCGUGGUGGGCAUGAUCUGCAUCCACUGGAAGGGCCCCCUGCGACUGCAGCAGAGCUACCUCAUCAUGAUCAGCGCCCUCAUGGCGCUGGUCUUCAUCAAGUACCUGCCCGAGUGGACCGCCUGGCUCAUCCUGGGCGCCAUAUCCAUCUACGAUCUGCUGGCGGUGCUGUCGCCCAAAGGCCCUCUGAGGAUCCUGGUGGAGACGGCCCAGGAGAGGAACGAGCCCAUCUUCCCAGCCCUCAUCUACUCCUCCACCAUGGUCUGGCUGGUCAACAUGGCCGACACGGAGUGGCCGCCGAAGAGGAACACCACCCAGGUGCCCGAGGCCCCCCCCGCGCCAGAGCCCCUGGCCGAGGCCUCUCCCCCCCCCAGCAGCCCGCGGGAGGAGGACAGCGGCUUCAGCCGGGACUGGGUGAACCAGCAGCAGAACCAGCUGGGCCAGCUGCAGUCCACCGAGGAGACCCGGCGGCAGAUCCAGGAGAUGCCCUCGGACCGGCCCCCCGUGGAGGAGGAGGACGACGAGGAGCGGGGUGUGAAGCUGGGUCUGGGGGACUUCAUCUUCUACAGCAUGCUGGUGGGCAAGGCCUCGGCCACGGCCAGCGGGGACUGGAACACCACGUUGGCCUGCUUCGUGGCGAUCCUCGUGGGUCUGUGUCUGACGCUGCUCCUGCUGGCCAUCUUCAAGAAGGCCCUGCCCGCUCUGCCCAUCUCCAUCUUCUUCGGUCUGUUUUUCUACUUCUCCACCGACUACCUGGUGAGGCCCUUCAUGGACGAGCUGGCUCUGUACCAGUUUUACAUUUAGCAGGACCUCCCCGGCACAGGGGGGGGGGGGCUGGUGGCCGGGGCAGGGGUGCUGGGUGGGGGGGCGACGGGUGAGUCUCCCUCUCCCCCAUUAGCCUCUUGUGGACUCAUGAACUGAACAACGGAACUAGUUGUUUCAUCACCUUCAUGCUGGAAGGACUUGCUUCCUCCAUCCUCCUCCUCCUCCUAGCCCUCUUCCUCUUCCUCCUCCUCACUUUUUGUUUAUUUACGAUGAAUAAAAAAAGGAACAUUUUAAUUGAACGGAUCUUGGGCUGUUGGCGGUCCCCCCUCACUGCUAACCAGAUGGUCCGGUCCUGCCUCCGUUCCAGCCAAUGGGAGAAGACGAUCGGCCUUGUUCUGAUCUCUGAUUGGCCGAGAGGUCGAUGGAGCAGAGCACAACCCCCCCCCCGCACGCUGCGUUCCCCUCCCCCCCCCCCCCUGCCCCAUACACACACGUUAACACCGCCGUCUGCUUUGGCCCGCCGUGCAUGUGCACUGAAGAACAACUUUUUAUUUCAAGGACUGAGGAGGUGCCUUGCUGAAGGACACUGCGGUGAUGGUUCGUUCCAACACCACUGCAGUGGGUCUGCUAACAUUUUAGCGCCUGCUAACAUUUCAGCGUCAUUGCGAUUACAUUGUUUGCAUCGUCCGUAGAAAGACUUUCCUGAAACUAAACUACCUUAAUGAUGACGAGGGGAAGAGGAUGAUCCUGUUCUCCAAUGCCUGGGACCGUGGAGCACUGAGAUCAUUACCCAUCAGCCCCGUCACCGGUCUGAGCUGGCUCUCCCUCCCCAAGGGGAACAUGUGAAAGCGUAGUUAUUAUAGAAGGAAAGAAGAUUAUUAUUUUAUCUUUUUUUGAAUCAUGAAACUUGCACUCUUUGCAUUCUCUCACUAUCUCGUUCACUCUUUCACUCACUCGGUUUCAUUCACUCUUUCACUCGCACAUAUUCGCCCCCUUAUUCCUGCUGGACCAGUGGUCACGUGACCGCACGGCGACGUGCGCGUCGCCAUGGCGACACACCCACCGCCACCACUGUACAGCGCUGUGAACCUCUGAGCAGCUAUUGGUCGACCCAUCAAAGGACCUCUGUACUGGGUGGUGAUUGGCCCUCACUAGCCAUCUCAAACGUACCGCAUCACGCGUGGCCCCCGCUGGAGUCGGACACGGCGUCCGAGAGGACCCGCCCACUUGUGAUGUCACAAGUUUGACGUGACCUGUGACGACCAAUGAGGCGCCACGCCUGGUGGCGACAUAGGGACACUUUACGCUGUGUGACUGAGUGUGUGAGUGUCCAGGUGCGGAUAUCAGUCUCUCGGGGGCGGGGCCAUCAUUCCUUACGCAAUAUGCCGGUAGGGGGCGUUGUCAGGAGUUGCGCUGACGACUGACUUCCUGUUUCUCGCUGCUCACAUGGAGGUCAAAGUCAGCCUGCGGAGACUUUUAUCCUGAUUGUUGAUUGUCUGAUUGGCUGUAAUGCGUGAUUGAUUGUUUUGCUGUCGUGCAUGUGUACAUUUAUGUACAUUAUGCAACAGUGAUUACUUUAACGUAUGUGUCUUUUUUUUCUUCUUUUUUUUAAAUAAAUACUGAAACAAGAACACAGUCCUUCGUCAGUCUUCCUUCGCUAUGGUUACAAAUAUUUUUCCCAAGAUGAAAUCGGUUUAAAUACAACUGCUAUUUCUUAAGCACAGUGAUGAAUGCAGAGCGGAAAAAAAACACAGCAUUUUUCUUAAAAUAUCUUAAAAUAAUUGUACAAUCUCGAACGUUCAUCGGAAACAUCUAGCGGUCAUGUAAGAUUACGACCCUGCAGUUACCAAGCGCCUAACGAGAGCGAAAGGGGAGAGAGACCUUGACCUUCAACACUGAAGCAGGGAAAACCUUUGGCCCUAUUGACCCGGCGGCCAUCUUUCUUCUUCACCCUGGCUCCGCAUUCAGAUCCGCCUGCCAGGGUGAAGAACCAAGACGGGCCCUAGAUGGCCGACGGGUCACUCAGGUCCAUAAUUUGGGAACUCCGUCAACAUCCGUUGGAAUUCUGGGUCAGGGAAUUUCCCUGGUGAACGAGUCGCCCCAUGCUGCCAACUGGCCCCUUCCUGUGAUUGGCCCAGUGCCUAGAACACGGCAAGGUGUUAACUGUGUCGCCAUGGGGACCGUUUUGUCCUGGCUGCAGGGGGAUGCCGGCCUUUAGUGUCUUGUCGCGGUGGAUCUCCCCCCGUUCCUGCUGUUCCGCUGGUGUUACAUGUGCCAGUUGACGUUUGCUCCAGUCCACUGGGCAGGCUGAUAGAUAUAGGUAGGCACGCUCACUUGUGAUGUCAGAAGGGGCAAGAUUUUCUAAACGGCUCGUAACGGCUAAUCACACUCACACUGGCGGUAUAAUAUGACAUCUUACUCGUGGGUUGAUCCCCCACAGUUUAGCUCAUGUUUUACACCGCACGCCAUUUGUUUGUGAUCUCUCUGGACAUGUCCCCUCCCAGCGAUCUUUGCACGCCUUACGAUGCGCGAGGUGUGUAAGCUGUUUCAACUUGGGAAGGGGACACGACCGGAAUCACAAGAUGAUGUAACCUCAUCAAUCACCCUCAUCCUAUUUGCCCACUGAGGACUCCAUGGGGGGUGUUGUUCAGGUAAAGGCUCACAUCCCAUGUGGUCCAGGGUUUCCCUGAAUAGCAUGUCCCUGAGAGGAUUAGCGUAUCUUCAAGGGAGGGGAUUACCACUUAGCGAUCCGUCUGGACCUCAAACAUCACCAGCCGGGCGCAGUCAGAAGUCAGCGCGUUCCGACGGGAUACUUCAACUGCCCUCAAACGGAACCUCUCCUCGCUCGGCCACCUGAGAGAACCGGGAAAAAAAAACACAGCGAUGUCCAAGGAGAAGCUGGAGAGCCUGGUGCUUCGCAUGGAGGAGACGCUGUCGGAGAUGGAGCAGCUCAAAGCCCACUGCGGGAUGCAGAGUGGGGAGCUCAGCCAGCUGGUGGUGGAACUCCGGCGGGAGAACCAGGAGCUGAUGGAGCGCUACGAGGAGCUGGCCCAGGACAUGAAGGAGGCCAAGGAGAUCAUCGAGCAGCUGCAGGACACCAGGUACGCCUUUGAGGCCAAGGAGCGGCAGGCGCAGAAGCUCCGCCGGCAGCUGUGAAGAAGCUCCUCCAGAGGAACCGGGAAGAGGAACCCUGGAGAGAUGAAGGCUGUAGAGAGUCUGGUGUCGGACGGUACAGGAGGAGGUCUCUUGGGUUUCCUGGCACUGGAUCUAAAUGUGUGUGGCGGGGGGAGGGGGGGGGGGGGGGGGGGGCUAUAGAAACGGUUUGUUGGAUGGGGGAACUGCAUGUGGUGGGACGUCCUCUAGGGUUGUGGCUGGAACAUGUAGGUCUUGUGUUUACCCAGACCGAACAUAUGUGUACAUUUUAGGGAUGGGAGGGACCAAUGUAAAGCUAAGGAAGUUUCAACGUCAACCAGGGUCUUGUGGGUUUGGAGCUCUUGUUAAUGCCAUGGAGAGAAGUAAUGACCAGGAAUCAAAGUUGGGUUUCUUGGGGAAAAUUUUGGGUGCGGACAAUGUGGAAUUUGUUUGAAAAGGGGGUUCAUUUUUUUUUUUUCUCCCAAAGUGGGAAUGGAUGUUGUUUCGAACUCAUUCCAUUUCUAUAACUAUCCAAAGCCUGUCUGCUCCCACAUUAAGGACAGUUUUUGGAUCAAGGGGCGGAACCACGGACAAACAUCGGGGGGUCCAACUGUCACCCCUCCCCAAAACUGCUUUUCCCAGAAUUCUGAUAUUUAUGCAUCAAAAUGUGCACAUUUAGAACAUACUGUAUAUUUGAGGACUGCUGACCAAAUCAAACCCCUGAGAUUAGCAUCACAGCCCAGAACGACAUACGGUGGAUUAGAACCUCAGGAGAAGUCAUUCUGAGCUUCGGAGAACUGAUUCUUAGAUUCUUAAAACUUCAGGAGAACUCAUUCUGAGAUUCUUUGAACUUUAGGAGAACUGAUUCUGAGAUUCUGAGAACUUAUUCGGAGCUCCUUAAAUGACAAUUAAUAGCGCCAACAUUUUUAAUCUGAGUAUCUACACGUGUGGGCUGGCUGACCCUGGGCGCAACCAUGUGUUCAAUAUGGGAGGUGGAGGUCAUGCACUUUUCGUGUGUUUUUAUUUGUUUGUUUGCAUUUUCUUGACAAACGCAAAUAAAUUGAACAUAAAUAGGAACUAACGAGAAAGAUCUGUUGACGGUGUUAGUUAAAGGAGGGCAUUUUUAACAUGUUCUACUACUGUAUAUCCCCCCCACCCCAAGAAUGUGUGUGGUUACACCCAUGUGUUGGAUAUUAUCUUAACUGAACCAGGGCCCAGAAGAAGUGGGUGGUCACCUUUUAGUGGAGCUGAGUCUGUAAUAAACAUGGCUGAUCAUUCUUCUCCACCCAAA